AUGGAAAAGCACCCGAGCGGGUGGUGGACCGGGAAGACCUUAGAAGGAGUUAGAGGACUGUUGCCCUCGUCGCUAAUGGAAGAAGUCGAUGUUGGUUGCCCCUCUGAGGAAUUACUCCGUGAUUUCUUUGUUCUCCAAUCGGCACGAGGCGUUAAGUUUGAGCGGCCGCCGUAUGUUCCUCCGCCUCUAAGUGGGAGAGAUGCACUUCCCCAAGAUGAAAAUGGUAGUGACGAGCUAAACAUUGUUCAACUCCUGGAGGGUAUUCAAUUUCAGCUGAUACAGCGAGAUGCUUCUUGCAGGCGGCUGCUAGAAUGUGUUAACGACAUGGAACGGGAUUCGAUUCGUUAUCAUGGUGCUACACACUUUGUUCCGAAGGAGCAAACGUCGGACUACCAGGGAGGCGAACAGGAGGUCCAUUGCUUAAAUAGCGCAGAUAAAACUACGAUGGUGAACCUUGUGAAUGAGCUUUCUUCCUUACUAGUUGAGAUUAAGAGUCGGGAGUGCCCCGCACCGACCAAAUUCCCUUCAUGUGUAGCGGAACUCUUUUCGGGGAAGGAAGCCUAUGUUAACGAAAAUUCACUGUACCGAGAACUGCUGUACGAGCGGCUUCGACAGUGCCAUAGAGAGGUGCGUGAUACGGGUGUGGAGUUGUCAGCACUCAGCAAACAGAUCCAAGAGGCGCGUUAUAAUAUUUGUCAGGAGAGACAACGGCUGGUCCGCCGGAUAGUCAUUAGGGACGCCAAAGUCCGGGCACUAUUAAGCUAUUGGGCUGAGCAGGCGGAGGAGAUCAAAAUGAAGUACAGGGAAGAAAAACGACGCUACAGUAGCUUAUCGGCAUCGAACAGUGCGGAAGAGGAGGAACGUUUGCGUCAAGCGAUAGCUGAAGGGCGUGAACGGUAUAUUGCCGCGGAAGAUGAGCAUAAUCACUGGGAAAGGGAGGCGAAGAAACUCAAGGUCCAUUUGCAGCAGCGCGCAGAGUUGGAAGAGAUGAGUCGGGCCCUUCGUCAGGCAACGGAGAGUGAAAUGCUGCUGAGAAGAGCACCCACACCCAACGGAACAACUCGCAUCUAA